AUGUCUGCCCUAGAGCGCCUGUACGCUGUCCUUGACGACAUUGACAUCGACUCUUUCCCAAAUGAAGACGACCGGUCGCGAGCAGAAGAUCUCAUCAUGGACGCUUUAGUAAGAGUAAGGAAGCCGUGGGAUAUCGCAUUAAACCACAAUUGGGUAAACCCGUGCACCAAUGCCGCCACCAAGACCCUUAUCGAUGUCGGCGUCUUUAGGAAAUGGGUAGAAAAUGGAAGCAAACCACAAACGAGUGUCGAGCUUGCUAGUCUUACGGAUACAGAUCCUACGCUCAUCAAACGAAUUGUGAGACAGCUCGCUGCGCAACAUCUUCUCAUAGAGACGGCAGAGGAUACCUAUGCUCCUACCGCAUGGGCGACGACCCUAGGGACUGAUCCCUCGUUUCCAGCCCUAUAUGGGACCUUAUAUCACGAUAUAACUGCGGUAGUAUUUGGCGGGAUGCCAUCGUUUCUGAGGAAGACGGGAUACAAGAAUCCAAUUGAUGAUAAGAACGGUGUCAUACAACACGUCAAAGGACCCGACACUUCUUUUUUCGAGUACAUCAUAGCCGACCCAGUCCGUACUGAGGAAUUUACCCAUUCAAUGGAGUGCCAUUCGAAAGGAAGCAUGGUGGCCUGGCCAGAUGUCUAUCCCACGAAUACGCUCAUAAAAGGUGCUAAACCGGGUAGAGCUCUAGUAGUUGAUAUUGGUGGGAGCAAGGGCCACGACUUGGAGAAGUUCCGGCUCAGACAUCCGGACAUUCCGGAAGGUAGCCUGAUAUUACAAGACCUUCCUGGAGUUCUUCGAGACGUACAUAUAAGCAACAAGAUCAUCUCGAAAUGCCCGUAUGACUUUUUCACUCCACAGCCGGUGAAAGGAGCCAGAGCUUAUUUCCUACACACUGUUCUCCACGACUGGCCGGAUGACGGGGCGGCCGAAAUUUUGAAAGUCGUCGCUGCUGCCAUGGAAAAGGGGUACUCCAAGGCAUUGAUUCACGAAUGCAUGGUAGAGAAUAUCAAGCCGUCGCUGCGUACGACUACGUCAGAUUUGACAAUGCUGGCAUGUUCAUCUUCGGCAGAGAGAACGGUAAAGGAGUGGGAUGCCCUCCUUAGUCGCGCCGGGUUGGGAAUCGUCAAGAUCUGGAAGCGACCGGCGGCUAUGGAGGGUGUUAUUGAAGCAGAAUUAAUCUAA